GAUGAAAGGUUUGAUGUGAAGCUGCGGGACUUUAUGUGUAUUUUAUGAUCAUGUUUUCAGAAUCAUCUGAUUCUAAUUAAACGAGAGAACGAGUCAAACGUGUGGAGCUUCAUCUUGAUGGCACAAAAACAUCGAAACGUUUCACUCCUGAUCAACAUCAGAUCGAGGCUUCGCGGAGGCGGCCUCGUGCGCUCCAGACUGAACUCACGCCCUCGCGUUCCUGCGGGGUGGGGGUGCGUGGGGGGUUGAACCCGGGUCUGCAGGUCCAGCAUCACAUCCCACCUCACUGACAGAACCCCCGAGUCGAGGCGUGGAGACGUCGUGACGCGCUCGUGGAUUCUUCCCCAUUUUGGAGCCAAAGUGGAUCCGUUUGGCGCGCCGCCAUCCCGGGAAUUAUCUCGUGAUUUCUCCGAGAUGCUGCGGAUCCUCCCGCGCGCGGGUCGGUGCAUGCUCGCUCUGCUUUUGGGAGGAUAUUUUCCCGGAUCCAGCGCGCGCUCCGCCGUCCACGCGCGGGCCAUCUCCUCCAUUUAACAACCGCCUCCAAUAUUUAUGCCGUGCCCGGUAAUUAGCGCGGCGCCGCGCGCCCGCUGAUCUGGAGACGUGAAGGACAACACGGAGUCCAAGAUUGCCCCCCAAACGCAGAUUUCUGGCGGUCCCUGAAUGCAGCUGUAAUCACGCGCGGCAGCUUCAAGUGCGUAAAUGGGUCCAUCAGGAGAACGAGACAAUCAGGCUCCUUUAUGUGUGAAGAUCAGCUGCAGUUUCUGCGCAUUGUCUGCGAUGAAUGGAGAGAUCUCCAACAGCAGCUCUUCACUUUAUAAAGAUUUUUCGAUUUUCGAUUAUGCCGCUAUUGAAAUCGGGGCGCGCCGCCUGUUUUUUGCCCUCUUAGCUUGGUAGUUCUGUUACCCCCUUUUUGAUUGGCAGCUGAAAUUGACACUCGGGUUGCCUCUUAUCAGGCGAAGCGUCUCAAUCCUCUGCUAAUUGCAGAUUUCGCGCCAUCCUUUCCUUUUGAUUGCAACGCAGCCUCCCAGCGCGCGCAGAAGGAUCGAUCACAUGUCGGGUUUUUUUCUGUUAAUUGCAUCAAAAUUUUCUUUUGUUGGCAGGGUUUAAAUGCAAGAGAAACCGUAAUUCGUUGUUUUGGACCGGAUAUAGUGGGUUGGGGUAGAGAUGCGUAAUGCGCAGAGCAAGCUCCGGUUCUUCUCCAAAUAGGCGGCAUUCAAGAAGGGAAAAUGUCCAAGUCGGAGAUAAAGAAGGAGUCCGGAGAGUCCAGCCCGUCCGAGGCCGCCUGCCUCUGCUCCCCGGCGCUCAAAAACCAGUGCGCCAACUGCGGCAUGGAGAUCCACGACCGCUACCUGCUCAAGGUGAAUAAUCUGAACUGGCACCUGGGCUGUCUGGAGUGCUCCGUCUGCAGAGCGUCUCUGCACCAACACAGCAGCUGCUACGUCAAAAACAAAGAGAUUUACUGCAAACUGGAUUAUUUCAGUAGGUUCGGCACCAAGUGCGCGCAGUGCGGCCGGCAGGUGUACGCCAGCGACUGGGUGCGGCGCGCGCGCGGCAGCGUGUACCACCUGGCCUGCUUCGCCUGCUUCUCCUGCAAACGGCAGCUGUCCACCGGGGAGGAGUUCGGCCUGGUGGAGGGCAGGGUGCUGUGCCGCAGCCACUACGACAUCAUGCUGGACAACCUCCGCAGGGCGGCCGAGAGCGGUACCGGGCUGACCCUGGAGGGGGCGCUGCCCUCCGACCAGGACUGCCAGCCCAAACCGGCCAAGAGGGCGCGGACGUCGUUCACCUCUGAGCAGCUGCAGGUGAUGCAGACGCAGUUCGCCCAGGACAACAACCCGGAUGCGCAGACGCUGCAGAAACUGGCAGAGAUGACGGGUCUGAGCAGACGGGUCAUACAGGUUUGGUUUCAGAACUGCCGAGCUCGGCACAAAAAGCAGCCGCCGCCGCAGAGCAGCUUCUCCCAGGGCGCCCCCCUGUCCAGGAUGCCCCCCUCCCUGCCAGAAGACAUCUACUCGCCGUUCAGCAGCCCUGACAGGCCACACCUCCUGACGCUGCACAGCUACCUGGACACUCACCCCUUCUCUGUCCUCGCCGCCCCGGGUCACCUGACCCACCCGUCCAUCUCCUUACCACAGCUCCCCAUCAGCCGCUGACCGCUGCCUUCGAGUCGCCACCAGACGAAGUUUCAUCGAAGACAUUCUGUCAUCGUCGCUCUGUGUUUGGGGAGUGUGAUGCUCAGCAGGAUCUCUGUUGUUCAGUCAGCUGACCUGCGGCGACGCCCCCCAGCUGAGACAGGAAAUAAUUGACAUUUUUUUAUGUGAAGAAGAAGAAUUCAAAAAUUCCCUUUUCUCACCAUCAGGUCAGGACUUUUUGUCUUUCUGAUUUUACUUUUUGAGCUUUCUAAAGAGUCAGUGUUCCAGAAAACCUCAGCAUUUUGUCCGUCAUGAGCACAUCUGCAGCUUUAUCGUUCUCGUAUCGUCCUCAGAAACGUAUUUAUUCAGAGCAAACCUCCUUUUUUUAAAGCACUUUUAAAUGUGUCUUCACAUGAACAAGUUUGUGACUGUACUUUAUAAAAACUGCUAUGGUUUAAUAAAAUGUAUCGGAUCUGUUAUGAAAGUGAUUUAA